CAAAUAAUUUUUUAAGAUAACAAAAAGUUGAAUUAAGUUCAAAUGAGUUUAAUUUCCCCUUUCUCGUACAACAAAACGCACGAUUCCCUCUCCCUCCUCCUAUUUUUGCUGCUCUGUGAAUUUUGGCAGUCUUUCACAACUUCCAAGCGAUUCAUUAUUAUUAGAUGGCAGCCACUACCGCAAACUCUCUUUCAGUCUCUUCCUCUUCCUCUUCCUCAUCACUGUACUUGAGUUCUCGACGUUACCUGUCUGCUUUGGUUAAGUCCCAGCAUUGCUCUUUUUUAUGGAACAACCUGACUUUGAACAAAUCUUGUAAAGGACGUCCUGGUUUGCAAGUUGUGGCUGUUUCAAUGGCCCCUCAGACUCGGGGGAGCGCUUCUUUCCUGGACCGGAAAGAGAGUGGGCUUCUUCAUUUCGUCAAGUACCAUGGACUCGGCAAUGACUUUAUUUUGGUUGAUAAUAGAGACUCAAUGGAGCCUAAGGUAACCCCUGAGCAAGCAGUGAAGCUGUGUGACCGGAAUUUUGGAGUGGGUGCUGAUGGGGUGAUCUUUGCAAUGCCCGGAACUAAUGGCACUGAUUAUACUAUGAGGAUUUUUAAUUCUGAUGGAAGUGAGCCAGAGAUGUGUGGCAAUGGAGUGAGAUGCUUUGCCAGAUACAUUGCCGAGAUCGAGAACUUACAUGGGAAACACAGUUUCACCGUCCAUACUGGUGCUGGUUUAAUUGUACCCGAGAUUCAAGAUGAUGGGAAGGUUAAAGUUGAUAUGGGUGAACCAGUACUAACAGCAGCUGACGUACCUACAAAACUGCCUGCGAACAAGGAAUCUUCUGUUGUUAAAUCAGAUCUCGUGAUUGAUGGAGAAGCCUGGAGUGUCACUUGUGUGAGCAUGGGGAAUCCACAUUGCGUUACUUUUGGUAGAAAAGGAGAGCAGAAUCUGGUGGUUGAUCCACUAAAUUUGGCUGAAAUUGGACCGAAAUUUGAGCACCAUGAUGUGUUUCCAGCACGAACUAACACUGAAUUUGUUCAAGUAUUCUCUCGGUCACACCUUAAGAUGCGUGUAUGGGAGCGUGGUGCAGGAGCUACUUUAGCCUGUGGAACAGGAGCUUGUGCUGUCGUGGUAGCUGCAGUACUGGAGGGUCGAGCUGAGAGAAAUUGCACCGUUGACCUUCCUGGAGGGCCACUGGAGAUUGAAUGGAGGGAGGAAGACAACCAUGUGUACAUGACAGGCCCAGCAGAAGUAGUGUUUUAUGGAUCGGUGCCACUCUGAUAUCUUGGGAAGCAUCAUUUGGGAAGCAUCAUUCGACUUUCUGUAAUUGUAUUGAAUGUUUGACAAAGGCGAGAUUGAAAUUUAGUUCCAUUUUUGUGCUGUGAACCAAACCAUAGUUGAUGUGAAUGCAUCGGGUUGUUGACCCUCAUUUUUGUAUCGUUUAUGUAACAAACCAUUCCUCUUUUAAUCUAAAUGGAAUUGAUUUGGAGCA